CAACUUUAGUAGGGUUUCUAUGUGAAAAGAACAAAUAGCAGAGCAGCGGCCAUGGUUCUCAAGACGGAGCUUUGUCGGUUUAGCGGUCCCAAGAUAUACACGGGGAAAGGCAUCAGAUUUGUUCGUUCUGAUUCUCAGAAAUGCAAGAGGUACUUCCACAACCGCCUGAAGCCUUCAAAACUUACAUGGACGGCCAUGUAUAGGAAGCAACAUAAGAAGGACAUUGCUCAAGAGGCUGUUAAGAAGAGGAGACGUACUACGAAGAAGCCUUACUCCAGAUCCAUCGCGGGUGCCACCUUAGAGGUUAUCCAGAGGAGCGAGAAAUCAGAAGUUCGUGAUGCUGCUCGAGAAGCUGCCCUCCGAGAAAUCAAGGAAAGGAUCAAGAAAACCAAGGACGAAAAGAAAGCUGAAGUAGUGGCAAAGCAACAGAAGACGCAGGGCAAGGGUAACGUUCCGAAGGGUGGUGCACCAAAAGGCCCCAAGCUUGGUGGCGGUGGCGGAAAGCGUUGAUUUGCUAGGUUAUUAACUCCUUUUCCCUUAUGCUUAUUAUGUACCAUGACCUCAGUGUUGAAGUCAAGUUAUCAAGCAAUUUUAUGGAUAAUUAUUUUUUAU